UUUGUCUAUCUCCCUUACACUCUCUCUCUAAUUGCAGCCACGAACCAGAUUCGGACGGACAGCGACCUCCAUGAACCACGGCCACCUCCAGCCAUGAACCACGGCCACGAACCGAGCGACGCUCCCUUAACCAGCCUUGAGCGGAGCUCUUGAACGACGGCCAUGAGGGAAAACGGACCUAAAUCAAUUCAAUUCAGCUUCCAACCUAAUCCUUCCUUUUCCUAGUGUUUGUAUAGCCUAGAGUUAUGUUUACGUUUAGUCUACACCGAUGGUUAAGACCUCAUCCCCAAAAAUACUUCCACAUUUUCGAUUCUGUGUAUGCAUCUUCUUCCCCAUUGUUUGGUGUGCUCAAAGGGGCUCUGAAAUUCCGCGUAUGUUCGAGUUUUUCGGGUCAAGAAGGUGAUGAUGGAGAUUGGAAUAGGACAUAUCAAGUUGUGGUGGCUGCCACUACUGAUAUGGGCAUUGGAAAGAACGGAAAGCUACCAUGGAAGUUGCCUUCGGACCUCAAAUUUUUCAAGGAGCUUACCACAACAACACUAGACCCGACUAAGGAAAAUGCCGUAUUAAUGGGGAGGAAAACUUGGGAAAGUAUUCCCCUUCAGUUCCGCCCUCUACCUUCUCGACUUAAUGUCGUUUUGACUCGUUCUGGAAGUGUUGUUGAUGAUUCGAUUACAGGAAAAGUGGUCGUAUUUGAAAGCAUUUCAUCAGCUUUGAAAACGUUAGCUCAGCCUCCUUAUUCUCAGUCCAUAGAGAAAGUUUUUGUCAUUGGGGGUGGCCAAGUAUUGAGUGAAGCUCUGAAUGCUCCGGAAUGUGAUGCCAUCCAUAUUACUAAAAUUGAGACAAGUAUUGAUUGUGAUACUUUCAUCCCUUCCAUUGAUUUCAUAUUGUUUAAACAGUGGUACUCCUCCCAACCUUUGGUGGAGAACAAUAUUCGAUUUAGUUUUGCUACUUAUGUUCGUGUGAGAAGUUCUACUAUUGGACCGAAGUUUGAAGCAGAGAGUUUUAGUUUUCUGCCAAAGAUGAUAUUUGAGAGACGUGACAAGUAUUCCUUUCCUUUCUCAAGCUAGUAUAAGAAUUUACCUCAAGACUCAAGUGAUCCCCAGAAAGAUGACUACACACCUAAUAUAACCUGACACUCAGAUGCAAUUCAAUCUUGGCAAAUGUUUUCCUCUUACUAAAAGGUCAAAGAUUUGCUCAGUUGGCAAGGAUAAUUGAACAAAUCAAGGGCAGCCCAGAUGAUGAGGGAAUCAGCCGAUCAGAACCAUCAGAUCUUAUUACUCUUGUAGAGGUUGAAAGAGAUGCUUGUUUGAGUUAAAUAAUAAAUAACCUAUUUUUUGUUUGUUUUUCAACUGUUCCGUGUAGUCAAUUGGGAGCUAUUCUGUCAAACGUAUCAUCCCUCUGCUGACAUUUUUCUUACUGUUCCUUUCAACAAUGAACAUUGCAUCAUAUUAUUUGCUCACAUGCAGGAUUGCUCAUGUUUGUGGUAUGCAAUUUCUCAAGAUAUUAUAUUUAUCUUCGGUAGUUUUAUCUGUGGACAUUAAGUAAAUAAAAUUCUGUUAAGGACU